CUGUUUUCGUCUGUGGGCAUGGUAGUACUGUAGUACAUGUGCGGUAGUGCAGGCCACGUUCAGACCAUGGUACAGUGUCAACAGUGAGCUCAGUGAUCUCGUUACUGAUGCUGAACAGUAGCAAUGGCCAGCAUUAACGGAAAGAGCCCUUCUACGACUAACGAAACCAUCUUCGUGUGUUGUUUUGAUGGCUGUUCUGCAAGUUUUCCGAACGGGAAGAAACUGAAAUGGCACAUGCGGGUACACGACGGUGAUCGGCCCUAUGAGUGCACAUAUUCAGGUUGCAACAAGAAGUACACAAGGCAGUUUCACCUGACCCGACACAUGAAGAAAUCGCAUGAAAGCAAUAAGGAUAAAGUAAAAUCAUUCAAAUGUGUACAUGACAACUGUGAAAAGGUGUUCUCUUGUGAAAACGCACUAUACAAGCACAUGAAGUAUUCUCAUGAGAAGCGGAAGUUCCAGUGUGAACAUUGUCCAAAGGCAUUCGUGAAACAUCAACACCUGAAAGUCCACAGCUUCGAACACACGAAGGUGUUGCCCUAUCCCUGCCCAGAACCAGGAUGUGACAAAGCUUUCUUGCUGCCGAGCAAGCUCAGAGCACAUCAAAAUACACAUAAAGGGUACCCGUGUGAUGUGGAAGGCUGCGAAGCAGUGUUUGCUAAGUGGACUCUUCUCCAGAAACACAGAAAAAUAGAUCACCAGAGGCAGUUUCCCUGUCCCACAUGUGGCCGGGUGUUCUUUACCAAGUGGAACCUCACCACUCACGCGGAGACACACAGCACUGGCCGUGAGAGCUUCUGCUGCCCUCACGAGGGCUGCAGCCGUUUCUACUUCCAGGAGAAGAACCUCAGGCAACACAUUUCCAGUGCCCAUGAAAACAAACGGUUCUCCUGCGAUGCACCAGGGUGCCCAAGGACAUUUUUCGCCAAGCAAUCAUUGAAGAAGCACAAAGCAAGCCAUGAUCCAAAUAAACCUCUGCCUCAAAAGAAACCCAACAAGGCAACAAUGACAUGCCGCAGAAAAAACUUCCCUAGCAAGAGUGCAGCAGCCAUCUUGUCAGGGCAUACACCGCCAGCUGAAAGUGAGCAGAGACUUCUGUCACCGUGCAUCGCAGCGACUGAUGAAGUGGAGUUGGGGCAAGGGCAGAAAGGCAAAGAGAGCGCUUCGCAGUUCCGAAAUCCUGCAUCCAGCCAUGGUGUAUUAGCAACAUGCCUAGACCCAACCCCCAGCAUAAACGAAGUCGCUGAAGCUAUGUCACUCCCAGAGGAUUUCACUCAUCGUGCCUGCAUGCCUCCAUCACUUGCCAACAGCCUACCCGACAGACUAGAUAAGCCAUCUGCGCAGAGAGAAUUGUUGCAGGUGGCACUGCUGCAUGCAAUACCAGAAGAUGCUCAUCUCGCACAACAUGGAUCACAGUUGUCCGGCCAAGAAUUGUGUACACACAUCAAGGCAACACUGCCAGUGAUGGGCAUAUGUGACGAGGGCUUAGCUCGUGGAGCUCUUGUUGAUGGUGAACUGGCUUCCAAGUGCAGUGGUAUCGUGAGUGAAUUCGAAGUCGGGCCUGAGAACAGUUUCACGGUGCCUGUAGCAACAGUGCAGCGUGUAACCGUUUAACAUAUAAGCAGGUGAAAGGUGCUUGGAACUGGAAUGUUACAUGCACAGCUAGGACAGCUUUAAGGCGACAUACCAGUGUUUAGAUCAGGGCAAAAACAUUUUUACAAACUGCUUGUGCCAUGGUACAAUGAAUUUCUUUUAGCCACAUAUGUUUCACUACUAACUCUCCUAAGAGUUGUCUUGCACAAUGCUUAUUAUAAGAAUGCUUAAUGUUUGUGCCAGGCUUAACAUUGUUAUCAUGCCAGAAUGAGGCUUGGUUUGAUGUUAUUGGAAACACAUCUGCAAGUUUUCUUGAGCGGUCACUCUUUUGAAGAGGUAGCAGCAGCAUUUUAUAUCAGUAGCUUCUGUGGGCACACCUUAAGUUUACAGUUGGCAAUAGCUUAGCACUUAGCGGUAUGCAAAUACCUAGCCAUAGAGCCUUACAUGUAACAUGGCUGGAGCCUGCUAGACCAAUGAUUACCUUUAAUAUGCCUGGAAUGUUUUGCCUUUCCCCUUCAGACUUGGUUUUAGAUUUAAGAUAUGCCACUACUUUUCAGGUGAUUCUUUUUUUAUUUCUCCCUUGAAACUACGUUUGUGCUUCAUUUCGUCCGUGUCUUUUUUACAUCGCUUGUUGUCUUUUGUGUCCCUUAACGCUAUAAACAGUAUGCUUUACCAUGUAGGGAUGGUUCAGUAGCCUGUUCUGUAGGAGGGUAUUGAUCAAAUAAGCACCAUAACAGUGCAAAUUAAUUUUUUCAGUUAUUCUAGUUCAUUUCACAGCCUAUUGUAUGGGGAAUGAGCACGGAAAAGUUGAGCAAGGAAAUAAACAAAUUUAUCGCUAUUUAAUAACAUGAAAUUACAGAAAAUUACGCUUUGAGAAAUUGUGUUUCGAACACCAUACAGAUGCAUUCGCUGGCAAUUUGAAAAUUGCCUACAACUUUUGAAUUAAGCAGGAAACAAAAUUCUUCCUACGGCACAUUUCAUAAUGUCUUGGGGUGAUUAAUAUGCCAAUUAUAAAAAAUAGAAACUGUUUUCAAGGGGAAAGAAAAAACUCAUUCCAAAGGUGGUGACAUAUCUCAUGAAGAGAGGCAACAGUUUAUAGAACUAUGUACACAUAUUUUAUUUGUUUCUAAUGCUGCUAUGGAAUGUAUGUUCAUAAUUUAAUGAUGACUCUGCUGCAGUCUCAAACUACUGUUUUUUAUUGUUGAUAGCAUAUGAGGAAAGUGUGAAAUGUAAUAAAAUCCCUAGGUAUUGCUUUGUUA